UUUUACACAGCAGAGAAUUUUUCGUGCAGUUUAUUAUUUUAUGUAUAUUUGGAAGAGUUCUGUGCGAUUUUUGAAAUCAUUGAUCACCGUUCUCGAUGAUUUAUUUUCACGAAAGUAUAAACUGAUCUACGUGAGCCUGAAACCGGGUGCUGUAUUAUCGCAAAAAUGGGGUUGAUGAGGAUUCUGAAGAAGCUUAAACAAAACGAGAAGGAGGUUCGCAUUUUAUUACUGGGCUUCGACAAUGCUGGCAAGACGACUAUCAUGUCUAAGUUUUGUGGAAAGGACGUUAACAUCAUUGCGCCAACCCUUGGAUUCAAUAUCGAAACUUUGGAAUUUCGAGGCUACAAGCUGACUUUUUGGGAUGUUGGUGGACAGAAGAGUUUGCGUUCGUUCUGGCGAAACUAUUUCGAGAAUACGGAUGCUCUGAUUUGGGUUAUUGAUAGUGCUGAUCGACUUCGACUGGAAGAUUGUAAAAGGGAAUUGCAUUCCCUACUACUGGAAGAGAGGCUAGCCGGCGCCACCCUGUUGGUUUUCGCCAAUAAGCAGGAUCUGUCUAAUGCUCUUCCCUCUCCGGCGAUUGCAGAGAUGCUUGACCUGAAGAACAUUAAGACACAUAAUUGGAUGAUACUGCCGUGUUGCGCCAUGUCGGGGGAGAAUCUCUUAGCCGGAAUGGAAUGGUUAACCAAAGAUGUUGCGUCACGGAUUUUUACGCUUGAAUGAGUGCGUGGACGGGACGGGCUGUGCUAGAGUGACGUCGUUAUCGUCAUCCCAUAAUUUUCUGCUAGGCCUGAUGCACGACUGGAAAUUAUAUAAGGCAUUAUCCAACGAGUGGCGAUGGUGCCGGCGGUGAUGAUGAAUUCGACUGAAUGCCUCAUUUGUCUUUCAGUUGCGGGACCAUUUAUCACUGGGAUAAACUUGCUUCCGCAUGCUUAUCGAUGGUAGAGACAACUGCGGAACCAGUGAAAAAAGUGGAUGUUUUAGUAAUUAAAAUUAACAUUCAGAGACUGUCGAGUACACAUCGACGCAGUCUCAGCGUCUCCUUUCUGGCACGUCCAGAUCAAUAAAGUCUGAAAUGGUAUGAUGAUCGGGUAUAAUUAAGUUGGCAGUAUAUGUUACGUUGCCGUUAUCAAAGUGCCGUUUGCUUAUUGAUUUGCCCAUUCUUUUGGGAUUCAUCAGUUUCAGUUUUGUGUGUAUCGAUUUUAUUCUCUCUUCCUGUCUCCCACUCUGACUCCGUCAUCCGUUCGUUCUUGGAGCGACGGUCGCGACUGUCGAG